AUGUUUCCUGAACAUGAACAAUCCGAUCAUGUUGAUCAUAAAUAUACUGAAUCUCUUAAACGUCAACAACUGCGUCAACCAUGUCGUUAUAUUCUUCAACCACUUGAAAAUAAACGUAGUGAUGCACAAUUUUUCUUUUCUCAAACAUUUAUCGAUUAUCUUAUCAAUGAUAUUAUCAUAAAAGGUUCAUGGGAUAGUGUAAUUUGUAUUGGUUGUCCAACAAUAUUUGAAAAUCUGAAUCGUCCAUGUUAUAAAACAAAAUUACAUUCAUAUUUACUUGAUUAUGAUUAUCGUCUUUGUUCAUUUUAUUCAACUAAACAAAUGCUUAUUUAUAAUAUGUUUAAUGGACAUAUAUUUUCAAAAAAGAAAUUUUUUCAAGAAAAUUUUCUUUCAAAAAUUAAAAAUUGUUUAGUUAUUAUUGAUCCACCAUUUGGUGGUUUUCAUCGAGCUUUAGCUAAUUCAAUUGAAAAAUUAUUUCAGUCAAAUGAUGAUAUUCAACGAAAUUUAAUUGUUUUUAAUCCAUAUUUUCUUGAAAAAUGGAUUAAUGAUGCAUUUUCAAAUUUAAAAAUGUUAGAUUAUAAAAUUGAAUAUACAUCAACUUCAUCAUUAAAUUUAUGUCGAGGAAAAAAAGGUUCACCAGUUCGAAUGUUUACAGAUAUAUCUCCAUCAAAAUGUCCACCAUUAGAUGAAUUAAAUUAUAAAUAUUGUUUUGAAUGUGAUCGUUAUACAUUGUUAACAAAUCAACAUUGUCUUCAAUGUCAAACAUGUCCAUCAAAAGAUGGUUUACCAUAUAAACAUUGUUCAUUAUGUCAACGAUGUGUUAAAGCAGAAAGAAAACAUUGUAACAAAUGCAAUGUAUGUCAUUUACCUGAUCAAUGUAUGACUGAAUCAACUAAAAGAAAAUGUCCAUCAUUAUCAGAUGAUGAUGAUGAAAAAAAGAAGAAAAAAAAUUAA